CGGGGGCGGGCGCCAUGGCGGGCGCGGGGGCGGUGGGCGGCAGCCGGGACCUGGCCGGGGCCGCGGGGCCGCAGGGCCGGGCGGCGGAGCAGACCCCGAGAGCCGCCGCGAUGUCUUCCGUCGCCUCCUACGAGAGCCUGGUGCACGCCGUGUCCGGGGCCGUGGGCAGUAUGACUGCAAUGACUGUAUUUUUUCCUUUGGAUACAGCUAGGCUUAGACUUCAGGUUGAUGAGAAGCGGAAAUCUAAGACAACACCGGCAGUUCUUUUGGAAAUAAUCAAAGAAGAAGGCUUGUUGGCACCAUAUCGAGGAUGGUUCCCUGUUAUCUCCAGCCUUUGCUGCUCCAAUUUUGUUUAUUUUUAUACAUUUAAUAGUCUUAAGGCCCUCUGGGUCAAAGGUCAGCAUUCAACCACUGGGAAAGACUUGGUUCUUGGGGUUGUUGCAGGUGUAGUGAAUGUACUCUUGACCACUCCUCUUUGGGUAGUGAACACACGUCUGAAGCUGCAGGGAGCAAAAUUCAGAAAUGAAGACAUUGUACCAACUAAUUAUAGAGGCAUAAUAGAUGCCUUCCAUCAGAUAAUAAGAGAUGAAGGAGUCUUAGCUCUGUGGAACGGUACUUUCCCCUCCUUGCUUCUGGUCUUCAAUCCUGCCAUACAGUUCAUGUUUUAUGAAGGCUUUAAACGAAAGCUUUUGAAAAAGCAGCUGCAACUCACAUCUUUGGAUGCUUUUGUCAUUGGUGCAAUAGCCAAAGCAGUUGCCACGACCCUCACUUAUCCUCUGCAGACAGUACAGUCAAUUCUGAGGUUUGGACGCCACAGGUUGAACCCAGAGAACCGAACACUAGGCAGUCUUAGAAAUGUUCUUUACCUUCUUCAACAGAGAGUGAGGCGUUUUGGAUUAGUGGGACUCUACAAAGGCCUUGAAGCAAAGCUCCUGCAGACAGUCCUUACUGCUGCUCUUAUGUUUCUGGUAUAUGAGAAACUGACUGCUGCAACCUUCACAGUCAUGGGAUUAAAGCACUCACGCAAACAUUGAUAAAGGAACCUAUGCCAAAGAUUAUGGGGUCUAGAAAACACAUUCCGUUUUUGAGACCAGGCUGGGUAACAAAGGGUCCUCACUUCCUCUACUUCUUUUUUUAGCCACCUCCGUCUCCAGUAUUUGGAGAAUCUGGAAUAUGCUCUAUAGGACCUGUUGCCACAAAUUCAGGGAUAGUCCAUUCCCUAUUGUUCUGUGGACUCACUGCUUUAAGAAACAAAGACAUCUUAUUUAAGCACUUGACAUAAAAUUUUAAUGAUUAUAUGAUUUGGUUGACAUUCUUGGUGAGAAUUAAUCUCUGUCACUAUGCUUUCUUGUUUUCCCUCAAAUAGUCCUCAGUUAUUCCUGUAUCUUUACCUUCUGUCAGCAUCUGGUGGGGCUGGUUUUGUUUUAUCUUCCUUGGGUGCCUCAGACACCCCCCCCCGAAACAAUUGUGUUAUUUUCCUUGACCUGUGUUUGUCACUUCAUAUUUGGUUUAUUAAAAUAAUUCAUAAAGAUUAA